AUGUCGAAGACGGGCGAUGGAGGCAUUCCUAACGCAACCGGCGUGGACAACGCCCCUGGGCUUUAUGCAGAGAAGCAUUCCAGUACUUACUUUGAGGAAAAGUACCCCAACAAGAUUGAAGAGGUGGGCACGCUCAUGCCACCGACGUACGAUGUGCCUCGUGACCGAUCUGACAACAUCAAGACACCUGAGUUCAACACAUCUUUAGGAAAGUUUGAGCAGGCUCCCUACUUUACCGGUGGUCCGCCGGCGAUGCGAUACCAGCAUUACAAGCGGAACCCUGCUGCGGAGGGAGUUGACUAUCGCGAUGUUAUGCCAAAAACACCGAUUGAGGAUCAUCACCCCCACAUGGAGUUCCUUUCGGUCACUGGGCGCCGCGAAGGAAGCACGUUCUUGCUAGCGAACGCUGGUGUGAACUGGGAGCUGAAGGCUGCCGCGAUGUCUCUUUACCGCACAAUCCUCAAGUCGUUACCAAUGCUUAAGCACUACUACUGGCUGCUCAUUCCCCUCCCGCAGAUGAAGGACAAGAUUCGCCUCCGCUUUUUGCAGAAUCAGCAUACGAAAGACCCGGAUGCGAUCCGACACCUGCUUCACAACGGCUGGAUGGAGUUUCAGGAGUGUAUCAUGUUCCGCCGCCCUCGCGCGACCAUUGAGAAGUACUUCGAGUACGAGAGCAUGGAUGAGCUGGGCAAGCAGUACACCAAAGAGGAAGGCCUAAUGAAUAAUGAGCGCGAGUUCUGGAACGGCGAGGAGCAGCGCCGCGAAGGCCCACACAACGGUCACUGGUCCUGGCUCGGUGAGCAGUGCGAAAUGGAGUUUAGCAAGAUCGCAGGUCGUAUUCCGAUUUCCUGGACAGCCUCAAAGGGCUACUUUGAGAAAGGGCAAGCCGACGGCACAAACUACUGGGAGAAGAAUCUUGACUACGAGGGUUGGUACAUCAAGAACGUCGACCCUGACCGGCAGAAUGCGCGGCGUGAAAUGCAGGGGUGGGUCGAGAGCGGCUACAACCAGCCGAAGCACUACGCUAGCAAGAAUCGUCGUGGCUACCGUCGUAUGGUGAAGGAUAUUGAAACGCUCAUGGAGACCUCUAUGGAGGACCUGUAUACACACAACCGCGAGCAGCUCUUCCAGUAUCUGAUCCGUGAGACCUGCCCUGAAUCCAAUCGUAUCAAUGCGGAGCGCAUACUGGCGUACCAGGACGACGACUUCUACUCCACUCGCUUUGAGGAGUACGAGAAGUACCUAAAGCAGGCAAUGCGCGAGAUGCCGAACCCGCGUCUGUGGAAGACCGAUGCCUUCUACUUCCGCCUGCGCUAUCUGCUGGCGCCGUUGGAAUACAACUGGGCCAAGGUACCCGUCGGUGCUACUCAAGAGAAGCUCUUCAAUGCGUGGAUCUCGGACAACUGCAACUACGCCAUCUACACUAGUGAUAUCUUCGCUCAGAUCAAGGUGGACAAGACGCGCAACCCCAUGGCCAAGACGUGGGCUGACUUCUAUAUGGAGUUUGAUCCCGACGUGCCGGAGACGCGCAACCUUCCGUGGUACCACAGGGACUUUGACUACGACCGCCGCCACAAGUGGGACGAGCGGUGCAUGCGGAUGAAGCGGUGGGUGCAGAGCGGUACCAUUGAUAGCAAGCAUGCAUACUUCGACAGCAUCGUUGCCGAGUGGGAGCAGUACGUGAACCGCCCAGAGCGCUUCCGUGCGCCAGACAGCGCCGAGCGCCGCUACGCGGCACCGCGAAUGGUGCAGCUGUACCGUGCGCUGAACCGCGUGAUGGAUGUGGCGCUUGCAGACCAGAUUAGGCAGACAAUCGAGAAGAGCGGCAACCUUAGCAAAUUGUCCGUUGAGGCUGUGCAGAAACAGCUUGUUGCGGCCGACCUCACCAACUUUCGAUUUGAGGUGCCCGUCAUUAUUUACCCUGACGGCGCCACCCAGCCGCAGCUUGGUCUGAACGGUUGCUCUGCCACCGCCUCCGCGACAAGGGCUGCGUAG